AUGGCGGUGGCAAAAGGAGGGCAUCCUCUCAAGAAGGAGGCAGUGGAGGAAGCCGAAGAAGGAGAGGAAGCCAAUGAGGAUGACGCCGAGGCCGAGGCCGACAAGGAGGGAGCCCAGCGGCCGAAGUUGGACGAGGACUUUUACGAGAUUGAGGCCGUCCACCGCAAGAGGGUUCGCAAGAUCCAGCAAAUUUUAGAGCAGGAGCUCCAAGUUGCCAUUAAGGAGGAAAACUAUGCAAAAGCUGCAAAACUCAGGGAUACACUUCGUAGUAUUCAAGAGGAUAGCAAAGCAUCCGUGCUAGCAGCAAAUGCUGAAUUUUACAGAUCAUUUAAAAAUGGAGAUUUAUCUGCCAUGCAAGCUAUUUGGUCAAAAGGGGAUCAUGUUUGCUGUGUACACCCAGGUGUCCUUGGCAUAUCUGGUUAUGAAUCGGUCAUGGAUAGUUGGAUUCAUGUAUGGGGAAACUAUGAGUUCCCAUUGGAGAUUGAGCUGCGAGAAGUUAGAGUCCAUGUUAGAGGGGAUUUGGGCUACGUAACUUGUGUGGAACUGGUUAAAACCAAAGGUAGCAGUUGGGGAGGGCAGUUUGUGACUAAUGUGUUUGAGAGAAGUGAUGGCCAAUGGUUCAUCUGUGUCCAUCAUGCUUCACCUGUUGAUUUUUGAAGAGUGUUUGCUGAAAUUUUUUGUUCACUGGCAAAAUUGUCUGUUUCUGAUGGAUCUGCUGCUCUAGUUUUAUCUUGUCAUGUUCUU